CCCGCAGCCCCGCUCCGCUGUCGGCCCGCUCCAGGUCCGCUCUCGGCCCCGCCGGUCGCUCCGCCUCCCGUUCCUCCUGUUGCUCCGGUCCCGUCCCCGCUCGGCUGGUUGCCCCGUUCCGCCUGUUGCCCCGUUCCGCCUGUUGCCCCGCUCCUCCAGCUGUCCCGCUCCGCCUGUUGCCGCUCCCCCGUCCCGCUCCGCGUCCCGCCGCUGUCGCGCCGCCCGCCCGUCCCUCGGGGAGCUGGGAGCGGAGAGCGCCUCGGAGGGCUCAGCCUUGCCUUUCUGCUACGCCAGCCCGGAUCCCUGGCUCUGUCCUGCACCUUCCGCCGGCUCCCCGGGGCUGUCCCCCCUGUCUGCUCCCUGCGGGACCUCCCCCUACCCAGCGUUGCCCUCUGGCCCCCCCAAAAUCCAGCAAGAGAUGGAGGGCGAUCCCGCCCUGCGCCUUCGUGUCUUUGACCUCAACUGCUGGGCCAUUCGCUACCUGAGCAAACGGCGGCAGGAGCGCAUCCGGCUCAUCGGGGACAUGCUGCGCCAGGAGGACUUUGAUCUGGUGCUUCUUCAGGAGGUGUGGAGUGAACGGGACUACAGUGACUUGAAGGUGAAACUAGGAGGCUGUUACCCCUUCUCUCAUUACUUCCGCAGUGGAGUGAUCGGCAGCGGCCUCUGCGUCUUCUCCAGGUUCCGCAUUCUGGACACGUUCCUCUACCAGUACUCGCUGAAUGGGUACCCCUACAUGCUCCAACAUGGGGACUGGUUUUGUGGCAAAUCUGUUGGCCUUGUCAUCAUCAAGAUCUCAGGGAUCAUCUUCAACAUCUAUGUCACCCACCUGCACGCCGAGUACUGCCGGGAGAAGGACGCCUACCUGCCCCACCGCCUGGUGCAGGCCUGGGAGCUGGCACAGUUCAUCCGACACACCUCCAAGGCGGCUGAUGUGGUGCUGCUGGGAGGGGACCUGAACAUGCACCCCGAAGAUGUGGGCAUCCGGCUGCUGCGUGGCUGGACGGGGCUGCGGGAUGCCUUUGCUGAGGCCACACACUUUGAGGGCUGUGAGGAUGGUUGUACCCUUGUCCCCAACAACUGCUUCACCGACAAAUCAGAGCUGCUGCCCUUCCCACUGGGCAUCCGCAUCGAUUACAUCCUCUACAAGGCCAUCUCCAGCUUCAUGGUAAAGUGUGAAGAGCUGAAGACCACCACAGGGGCAGCUCCGGGCAUGGACGUCCCCUUCUCAGACCAUGAAGCUGUGAUGGCAACACUGCACAUCCAGAGGCAGGGACAGGCUGCGGGUGCCACCCUCGCCACUGCUGAGCCAAUGCUGGUAGAUGUGGUGACAGAGGCACGGACAGAGGUGGCCGUGGGGCUGCGGGCAGCACAGCGGCAGCGCUACUCCUCGGGCAGGAUGGCCUUGCUGGCCCUGCUGCUGCUGCUGCUGCAGGCCGUGGCCGCACUGGGUGCGCUGGCAGGGCUGGACGCCGGGCAGCCCUUCCCCAAGCUCUCCUUCUGCCUGCUGGCCUUCCUUGCCAUCGGCAUCCUCCUUCUUGCCACUGGUCUCCACCUGUUUCACACCAUGGAGGUGAAGAUGCUGCACAGCACCGAGGAGCAGAUGCGGAUGGUGCUGCAGACGCUGCAGGAAUGUCCCAGUGACGGCUGAACUGAGGCUGUGGGUGCCCCACAAUACCCCUCCAGUGACGGCUGAACUGAGGCUGCGGGUGCCCCACAAUACCCCUCCAGCCCCACUGUGUCCCUUUUUGAUCCUUUUUUUAGCUGGCUUCUGGCAGCAGUGCAGCCAAUGCAGUAGUGCAGGUUUGACAUUUGCCUCUGAGAGAAAUU